AUGUUGGAUUUCGCGAUGAGCGGGUGUUGUCAAGCGAAAGGUGCGGAGCCGGAAAGCGCAAUCCACGCCUCUGGUCGUAUCGCGGCAGCGUGCAUCAACCCGCAAGAAGUGGACGCCGCACACAAGGCUGAAAAGGAAGCGAAGGACGAUCUCUGGUGGGGCGUGGAUGCCAAGGCGGGCAAAGGCUCAGGUUCGAUGAUGAAGGCUGCUUCGAAUGGGCGACUGAUGUCGGGCUGGGAAUGA